GCCGAACCAGCGGUUAAUGGCAAUUGUUUCUCUCCGGAUCUUUGACUAACAACAAGGAGGUGAAGCCGGGUGUCGGCUCACACAGUGAGGAAUAUGCGCUCACUUGUCGGACUAAUCUUAGUUAUUGUUGCAGCAAGCUUUUACCUGUAUUCACUGUCCCUGUACCUUCCCGCGGGACCACGGCGUCCUCAUCCGACUGCCGACAGAAAACAUGUGGAAACAGAAGCGGAGUCCGAGCAGCCCACUGACAGCCCUGAAGAGCCCAGCAGGUUGAAGUUCCCAUCAGACUUGGAGGAGCUGAGGGAGCUGGCUGAACUCCUGCAGUUUUACAAGACCGAGCACACUGGAUAUGUCUUGCUACUCUUCUGUAGUGCAUAUCUUUACAAGCAGUCCUUUGCCAUUCCUGGAUCCUCAUUCCUGAACAUUCUAGCAGGAACUAUAUUUGGACCAUAUCAAGGACUGCUGCUUGCCUGUGUGCUCACGACUGUGGGCUCCACUAUGUGCUACCUCCUGUCCCAGGCCUUUGGAAAACGCUACAUCGUUAACCUCUUCCCUGAUAAAGUUUCUAUGCUACAGAGGAAGGUUGAGGAGAACAAGGACUGUUUGUUCUUCUUUCUGCUCUUCCUGAGAUUCUUUCCCAUGACUCCCAACUGGUUUCUGAACAUGUCUGCACCGAUCGUCAACAUCCCCAUCACCUUCUUCUUCUGCUCAGUCUUCAUUGGCCUCCUGCCCUACAACUUCAUCUGCGUCCAGACAGGUGUCAUGCUGUCUGAGGUAUCUUCACUGGAUGACUUGUUCUCCUGGGAGCGGCUGCUGCAGCUGCUGGCCAUCGCCUGCAUGGCUCUGCUGCCCGGCGCCCUCAUCCGCCACUUUAGUCAGAGGCGUCUCAAACUGGAUGUCCAGUCGCAGAACGGGCUCGUCGUGGACAAGAAGGUCCAGUGAUUUGUUCUGGGAAUGAAUUUGUUCCAUGCUUUAAUGCCGUCGGUAUGGGGACUCUUCAGUAGAACUUUGUGCACACACAUGUGAAAAGCUUUCUUUUUCUCUGGAGUGCUUUACUAUUCUGGAGACGGAGAGGGAUUUCAGUUUUUAGGAAAAUGAGACUGGGGCAGUGGGAGUUGAAGCCCAGUGUUACCAAAUGUCAGUGUUUCUGUGCCACAACGUCUGUGGGCACAGUAUAUGUAUAUAGAUGUAUGAAUGUACAGAAAUCAAAUGGAGAUGGAGAAACAGAAGGAUUUUAGGGAAACUUUGCUUUUACACUGUUGUAAUACAGUAAUAGUACUGCUUCAAUGUAAACCGCUGGUGUUUUAAGUGCCUGUCAUGCAGUCAAACUUCUACCUCCAACAUGGACAUGUGGACAAAUUAACGCAACAGCCUACCAUGUUUGUAGUGGCUGGAUGGUUCAGAGCAUUGUUUUUGGGGUUUGUGUGAAUUAUUCUAUUUGUAACUGAAAUACAGAUCACGUUUGCAGCAUAUAUUGUACAACUGGAAGUUGUAUUUGUCUUGUUUUACAAUCACAUUUUGCAGUUUCUCUAUAAAUUGUAAUAGACAAUUAAUACUUUCUCGACUCUGUUUUAACUCAAUUUUUUAAAUUACAGAAUCUAGAGACCAGGAUUUGGCCUCAGAUUGCCAGAGUACUCAAGAGUCAGUUUGACUAACCAAUGGAAUUAGGACUUUUGUGACUGAAUGUCCGUCUCUUGUUUUCCCAGCUGGAUUCUUAUCUGAUAAUGAAUGUGAAGUUAAGUCAGGCAGUUAAAUUGAACCUAAUAUUGGUUUGAAAUCAUCUUUGCUGCCUCUUUUAAUGGUCCAUGUGUCUGUGCUUGUACAGUAUUAGUCAAGCUGUUGCUAUCUUCAAAGAUGUAAAUUCUUGUGUAAGUGUAAUGCAGUUCACAGAUUGGCUAAUAGUGUAGUUGUGGUAUGUCAUAUCACAAAAUGACUUGUCACCUUUAUUUCAGAGGUGAAAAAUAACAGUAAACAUGUGAAAAACAGCAUAUUUUCUUUCCAAAUAUUCUUUAUUGCUCAGAUCCAGGUUGCUC